CUGAACAUAAAAUAGGGAUUAUUUUCACCUAAAAGAAAAAAAUCAGAGAGGAAAAAUCGUGUUUCUUCACAUGAAAUUGCGAAAAACGGAAAGUGAAAAAGUUGCAAAACGCUACAACUGAUUACAAACUCGAACUGCAGUAUAAAAUCGAUACGACAAAAGUCGAUAAUUUGGCAUUGUUUGCCAAUUUUGCUAGGGUCGUCAGGCGUUUAUUGAAUUUUCCACACACAAGAUUACAUUUUCCAACACACACACACGUAUAUACACACACACACUUAGUUAGAGUAAAAUACGAAUAAAGUUGAAAAAUUAAUUUAUAUUUGUAUCAAAAUGAGUGACUUUCAAACGCAGCAAGCGAGCAUCAAUCAAUCGCAGGCGUUGGCAGCUGCUAUACAGCGUGCCAAGCAGAUAGCAGCAAAAAUUCAACCAAAUCAGCAAUCUGUGGGCGGAGGGGGAGGAGGACCACCUGGUCCUGGUUCCGGCUCCGGAUCGGGCAAUAACUUUAAGCGGCAUAUGGAUGACGGCAACGACAGUGGCCCGGAUUCGAAGCGACCAUUUGGUAGCCCCGAUUAUGGUCAAAACAAUAAUUCCAAUAUGAGUAGUGGCAGCGGCGGUGGAGGAUCUGGUGGUCCAGGUGGAGCCAAUAUUACCCAGGCAAUUGCCCAAGCCGCAGCGGUAGCAGCACGGUUAGCUGCUUCGGCGGGCACAACUUGUGAAGAGCAAAUCCGAUUACCCGAAUCUGUGGCAAAUUCAUUUGUUGGACGUGGCAGCAAUGACACCAUUACCCACAUUCAAGCAGAAUCCGGAGCUAAGGUGCAAUUGAUGCCCGAGCAGGAGCGUGUGAUUAUAUUGCGAGGUUCGCGGGAAAGCGUCACCAAGGGCAGGGAAAUGAUUCAACAAAUGGCCAAUCGUCAAGGCGGCGGCACUGUGGAAGUUCUGCUAACCAUUAACAUGCCACCACCAGGUCCCAGUGGUUAUCCUCCGUACCAGGAGAUUAUGAUACCAGGAGCCAAAGUCGGUUUGGUCAUUGGCAAGGGCGGAGAUACCAUUAAGCAAUUGCAGGAGAAGACUGGAGCCAAAAUGAUCAUUAUACAGGAUGGACCCAACCAGGAGGUUAUCAAACCGCUGCGCAUCUCCGGAGAUCCUCAAAAGAUUGAACACGCGAAGCAAAUGGUUCUCGAUUUGAUUGCCCAAAAGGAUGCCCAAGCCCAGCAGCAACAACAGGGCGGUGGUGGCGGCGGCGGUGGUCGCCCCGGUGGAGCCAAUGGCGGCGGUGGCGGUGGACCCGGUUUGGGCUUCAAUAAUUUUAACAAUGGCAACGGAGGCGAAAGUGUCGAAGUGUUUGUACCCAAAAUUGCUGUCGGAGUGGUCAUUGGCAAAGGUGGCGACAUGAUAAGGAAAAUCCAAACAGAAUGCGGUUGUAAAUUACAAUUCAUUCAGGGCAAAAAUGAUGAAAUGGGCGACCGAAGAUGUGUGAUCCAGGGCACACGGCAGCAGGUGGAAGAUGCCAAGCGAACUAUCGACGGCCUCAUCGAGAAUGUCAUGCAACGAAAUGGCAUGGGACGCAAUGGUAAUGGCGGCGGAGGAGGAGGAGGUGGCCAAGGUGGCGGUGGUGAUCCCAAUAACUCAAAUUAUGGUUACGGCUACGGGGUGAAUCAUGCCCAGGGAGGACGAGAAGAGAUCACAUUCCUGGUACCAGCUUCCAAGUGUGGUAUUGUCAUUGGACGCGGUGGAGAGACCAUAAAAUUGAUUAAUCAGCAAUCCGGGGCCCACACAGAAAUGGAUCGCAAUGCCACAAAUAGGCCCAAUGAGAAGCUAUUCAAAUCCAAGGGUACCACAGACCAAGUGGAGGCAGCCCGUCAAAUGAUUUCCGAGAAGAUUAACAUGGAGCUCACAGUGAUUUCCAGGAAACCCAUAAGUGGAAGCGGUCGAGAUGGUGGCAAUUCCGGCGGUGGACACAAUAAUUCCCAUCACAAUCAGCAACAAGGCGGCUAUGGAGGACCCAAUCCCAUGCAAGGUGGCGAUCCAAAUGCAGCUGCAGCGGCCGCUGCGGCAGCCUACCAGCAACAGCAGCAACAACAACAGCCCUGGGGACCAUAUGGUGGACAACAAGGUGGCUGGGAUCCUGCCCAACAGCAACAGCAGCAACAACAACAAAUGGCCAUGGCUCAGGGCGGCGGAGCAGCCGGUGCUGCUGCCGCUGGUGGUCAGGAUUAUUCAGCUCAAUGGAUAGAGUACUACAAACAAAUGGGUUGCCAUCGAGAGGCUGAGGUUAUAGAACAACAAAUGAAGGCCAAACAGGCCAGUGCGGCUCCUGUACAGCAACAACAACAGCAAAUGCAACAGAGCCAACAGCAGCAACAACAACAACAACAAGGUCAACAGCAACAACAAGCCGGAGCCGGUGGCGCCGAUUACAGUGCCCAAUGGGCGGAAUAUUAUCGAAGUGUGGGUAAAAUUGAAGAAGCCGAAGCCAUCGAGAAGACACUAAAAAAUAAGCAAGCUCAAAAUGGAGGUGGCAACAACAGUGCACCCAAUCAGGGGGCUGGUGGACCCAAUCCUAAUCAGCAACAGCAACCGAAUCCAGCUGCUGCAGCUGUUGCAGCGGCAGCAGCCGCAGCCGGUGGCUACGCUCAAGGUAUGACUCCUAGCCAAUAUGCACAAUAUUCACAGUAUUAUGCGGCAGCAGCUGCCACGGGCCAGCAACAACAGCCAUCACAACAACAGCAGCAACAACAACAACAACAAGGUGGUUACCCAGGUGGUGGUGGUGGCGGUGGCUAUGGUGGUUAUCCCGGCGGCGGCGGUGGUGGCCAACAGAAAUCGCACAAGAAUGACAAACAUUGAAGAAAGGCUGCCCAUUUAGAAGAUGAUCAAAAUUGAAAUCACAAUUUGAGAUGAUGUUACUGGUGCCUUGGCAUGGGGUGAGUGCUGUUCGAAUCACUAUACCAAUCGAUGGUUCCUUUCUCUGUCUCUAUAUAUGUGUAUACCAUAUUGAUAUAUAUAUAUGCAUAAAAAUUCCAACUAUAUAUUUUCCAUGUUCAAAUUUGUGGUCAAAAAAUGAAUGAAAAAUUUAUAAUCGUUAACUUGUUAUAAUACUAUAUCUACUUUUGCCUUUUCCUUUUA